GGGACCCUUUAAGAGGCUUCGGCUCAGAGCCGAAGCGGUGCGAGGGGCGGGGGCACUGACGUCACCAGGCUCCACCCCCUCGCCCGACCGCCGCCGCCAUGUUUAGUUGUUACUGCUUCACACAAGAUGGCGGCUCCCAGGGAGGAGGCAUGAGCGCCUUGCCGUUACCGCUCGUCCUGCCGUACAGUUGCCACAUCGGGGCCUAACUCUGCCCCUUUAGAGCGGUCCCUGUGGGGAGGAGUCAUAAGGAGGAAAGUGAGGAUCGGACGCUGCCUUGCAUUCGGUUUGCAAUAGAAGAACAGACCCAGGAGGAAGAGAAUAGGGGGGAAGGGAGAGCUAGUCUCAAGAUGGCGGCUCCCAGAGCGGCAGGCGCAGCCUGAGCAGCAGAGCCGGACUCAGGGGAGAGGCGCGAGACCUCACGAGCCGUACAGGGCGAACGCCCGAGUAGCCUCCGAGAGUUCGAGCUCGUCCCACUGGCCUCCGGCGCGCCUCCAUUCCUUAGGAGUAUUGAGGCUGCUGCGGGAGCGGCGGCUGCACAAAGCGCUGGGCGGGGAAGCGGCACGGUCUCAAGAUGGCGGCUCCCACAAUUGUGGUCUGAGCGCCGGCAGGGCUGGGACAACCGCGGCGCUUGUGGCUCCUUUCCACCCGCCCCGGAAGCCGGCCAGUGAAGGGUACUUGGGGGUGUGGGAACCGGGCCGGGGCUCCGCCAUUUCCGGCGGGGGAGGGCUACGACUGAGGAAGGGAGGAGAGAGAGGCGGCUCAAGAUGGCGGCUCCCAGGGCCUCCCGCCCGAGGCUGUGAGCGGGAGCGCCCGGGCAAGUUGUCAGGGCGGCGGGACUCGGCGGCCUCCAGCUUCUCAGGCUUAGACGUUGGACAGUUCCGGGAGGUGUUUGAGGAGACGGGGUGAGCGAGAAGAACGGGAAGAACUGGAGGGACGGAGGGUAGUUAAGAUGGCGGCCUCCAUGGAGUCCGCCGCUGUGUGAGGAACCGCUUCUCUGUGAGAGCUGUCUUAGACGAAAGGGGGUGUGUGUUAGAGGAAUCGGGGGGCUCCCUUCCCGCUUGGAGACUUUCUUCCACCGCGCCUUUUGCCGGAACUAUGGCUUCGGCCGUGUCGCCCGCCAACUUGCCAGCGGUGCUCUUGCAGCCCCGCUGGAAGCGAGUGGUGGGCUGGUCGGGUCCAGUGCCCCGGCCCCGCCACGGCCAUCGCGCUGUGGCCAUCAAGGAGCUCAUCGUGGUGUUUGGCGGUGGCAACGAGGGGAUAGUGGACGAACUGCACGUGUACAACACGGCGACCAACCAGUGGUUCAUCCCGGCAGUGAGAGGGGACAUUCCCCCUGGGUGUGCAGCCUAUGGCUUUGUGUGUGACGGGACGCGCUUACUGGUGUUUGGUGGAAUGGUGGAGUAUGGAAAAUACAGCAACGAUCUCUAUGAGCUCCAGGCCAGUCGGUGGGAGUGGAAGAGGCUCAAAGCAAAGACACCCAAAAAUGGGCCCCCUCCAUGUCCUCGGCUUGGCCACAGCUUCUCUCUCGUGGGCAACAAAUGCUACCUGUUUGGGGGUCUGGCCAAUGACAGUGAGGACCCUAAGAACAACAUUCCAAGGUACUUGAAUGACUUAUACAUCCUGGAAUUGCGACCAGGCUCUGGAGUGGUAGCCUGGGACAUCCCUAUCACUUAUGGGGUCCUGCCCCCACCCCGAGAGUCACAUACUGCUGUGGUCUACACUGAGAAAGACAACAAGAAAUCCAAGCUGGUGAUCUACGGAGGGAUGAGUGGCUGCAGGCUGGGGGACCUUUGGACCCUCGAUAUUGAGACGCUGACGUGGAACAAGCCUAGCCUCAGUGGGGUGGCGCCGCUGCCCCGGAGCCUUCACUCGGCUACGACCAUAGGAAACAAAAUGUACGUGUUUGGUGGCUGGGUGCCUCUCGUCAUGGAUGAUGUCAAAGUGGCCACACACGAGAAGGAGUGGAAGUGCACCAACACGCUGGCUUGUCUCAACCUGGACACCAUGGCCUGGGAGACCAUCCUGAUGGACACGCUGGAGGACAAUAUUCCCCGGGCUCGAGCUGGGCACUGUGCUGUAGCGAUCAACACUCGUCUGUACAUCUGGAGUGGGCGGGACGGCUACCGGAAAGCCUGGAACAACCAGGUGUGCUGCAAAGACCUCUGGUACUUGGAAACAGAAAAGCCACCGCCCCCGUCCCGGGUACAGCUGGUGCGUGCCAACACCACCUCCCUGGAGGUGAGCUGGGGGGCAGUGGCCACAGCCGACAGUUACCUUCUGCAGCUCCAGAAAUAUGACAUUCCUGCCACCGCUGCAACUGCCACCUCUCCCACCCCAAAUCCGGUCCCAUCUGUGCCUGCCAACCCUCCUAAGAGUCCUGCCCCCGCGGCAGCAGCCCCUGCCGUGCAGCCACUGACCCAGGUGGGCAUCACGCUCCUGCCCCAGGCUGCCGCCGCACCCCCAACCACCACCACCAUCCAGGUCUUGCCAACAGUGCCUGGCAGCUCCAUCUCCGUGCCCACUGCAGCUAGGACUCAAGGGACCCUCUUGUUACUCAGGAGAGGGGAGAGCUCAGCCCUGCCCAUGGCAAAGCUGUCCUCUGAGGGCGCCAAGAAGAACCAUCCAGAAAGCACAGCAGACAGAUGGCAAGGUGUCCCUGCUGUUCUCAAAGUAACCGGGCCUCAGGCCACCACAGGAACCCCACUGGUCACUAUGCGACCUGCCAGCCAGGCUGGGAAAGCUCCCGUCACUGUGACCUCCCUGCCCGCGGGCGUGCGAAUGGUUGUGCCCACACAGAGCGCCCAGGGGACGGUGAUUGGCAGCAACCCGCAGAUGAGUGGAAUGGCUGCAUUGGCGGCGGCAGCAGCUGCCACCCAGAAGAUCCCUCCAUCCUCGGCGCCCACGGUGCUGAGUGUUCCGGCAGGUACCACCAUUGUCAAAACUGUGGCCGUGACCCCUGGCACCACCACCCUCCCGGCCACAGUGAAAGUGGCCUCCUCGCCCGUCAUGGUGAGCAACCCUGCCACCCGCAUGCUGAAGACUGCUGCCGCACAGGUGGGGACGUCUGUGUCCUCAGCCGCUAACACAUCCACCCGCCCCAUCAUCACUGUGCACAAGUCCGGGACUGUGACAGUGGCCCAGCAAGCCCAAGUGGUGACCACAGUGGUGGGUGGCGUCACCAAGACCAUCACCCUGGUGAAAAGCCCCAUCUCAGUCCCAGGAGGCAGUGCUCUGAUUUCCAACCUUGGCAAAGUGAUGUCAGUGGUCCAGACCAAACCCGUUCAGACCUCCGCAGUCACAGGCCAGGCCUCUACGGGCCCGGUGACACAGAUUAUCCAGACCAAAGGCCCCCUGCCAGCCGGGACCAUCCUGAAGCUGGUGACCUCAGCCGAUGGCAAGCCCACCACCAUCAUUACGACCACGCAGGCCAGUGGGGCGGGAACCAAGCCGACCAUCCUGGGCAUCAGCAGUGUCUCUCCCAGUACCACCAAGCCUGGCACCACUACUAUCAUUAAGACCAUCCCCAUGUCGGCCAUCAUCACCCAGGCGGGUGCGACAGGUGUGACCAGCAGUCCCGGCAUCAAGUCCCCCAUCACCAUCAUCACCACCAAAGUUAUGACUUCGGGGACUGGUGCCCCUGCCAAGAUCAUCACUGCUGUCCCCAAGAUUGCCACUGGCCACGGGCAGCAAGGAGUGACCCAGGUGGUGCUGAAGGGGGCCCCCGGACAACCAGGCACCAUCCUCCGCACUGUGCCCAUGGGUGGCGUUCGCUUGGUCACCCCAGUGACCGUCUCCGCCGUCAAGCCAGCUGUCACCACGUUGGUUGUGAAGGGCACCACAGGUGUCACCACCCUUGGCACAGUGACCGGCACUGUCUCUACCAGCCUUGCCGGUGCUGGUGGCCAUAGCACUAGCGCCUCGCUGGCCACGCCUAUCACCACUUUGGGGACCAUCGCCACCCUCUCCAGCCAGGUGAUCAACCCCACAGCCAUCACUGUCUCAGCUGCUCAGACCACGCUGACGGCCGCCGGUGGGCUCACCACCCCCACCAUCACCAUGCAGCCUGUCUCACAGCCUACGCAGGUGACUCUGAUCACGGCGCCCAGCGGGGUCGAGGCCCAGCCAGUGCAUGAUCUGCCUGUGUCCAUUCUGGCCUCACCGACCACAGAGCAGCCCACGGCCACCGUUACAAUUGCCGACUCAGGCCAGGGUGACGUGCAGCCUGGCACUGUGACACUGGUGUGCUCCAACCCACCCUGCGAGACCCAUGAGACGGGCACCACCAACACGGCCACCACCACGGUGGUGGCCAAUCUCGGGGGGCACGCCCAGCACCCCCAGGUCCAGUUCGUCUGCGACAGGCAGGAGGCAGCUGCCUCACUUGUGACCUCCACAGUCGGGCAGCAGAAUGGCAGUGUGGUCCGCGUCUGCUCCAACCCACCCUGUGAGACCCAUGAGACAGGUACCACUAACACAGCCACUGUGGUCAGUGCCAAUCUCUCAGCCCCCCUGCGAGGUGCAGGGCCCACUGUCUGCUCAAACCCACCUUGUGAGACCCACGAGACGGGCACUACCAGCACGGCCACCACCGCCACCUCCAUCAUGGCUGGGCAACCUGGGUGCUCUAACCCCCCAUGCGAGACCCACGAGACGGGCACCACCAGCACUGCCACCACCGCCAUGGCCAGUAUCGGCUCUAGACAGCCGGCAGCUGCCAACCAGCAGCGAGACGGCCGCCCCACCUAUGCUGCCAGCACCCUUGCCACGGGUCAGGUCAGUGUGGGCGCUGGGCCGGCUCAGGGAGCCCAGAGCUCGGUCAAACCCCUGUGCCAAACCCGCCAGACCAGCUCAACCCACACCACCAUGACUUUGAUGGCCACGGGGAUGCCAUGCUCGGCCCCACUCCUGGCACCCAGCCUGGUGCUGGAGGCAGGCUGUAGCAGCACUAGCUUUGCCCAGCUGGCCCCUCCCAGUGGCAGAGUCGGGCCCGGUGGCACCAGCAGCAAGGACGGCCUCAUAGCAGACCUGGGCCAGCUGGUGCCUGUGGGGCGACAGCUGGAGACACAUCACACCCACACCACCAACACCCCCACCACAGUCCGCUCCACCAUGGGCACCGGGGAGGCUGGUGAGGCCCGGGGCAUCCUCAAGCCUGCGUGUGAGAGCCAUCAGACCAGCUCAACCGGCACCACCGUGACUGUGACAGCCCUGGAGGCACUGCUGGGCCCUUCGACCCCUGUGACCCAGGUCUGCUCCAACCCACCCUGCGAGACCCACGAGACUGGGACUACCAACACGGCCACCACCUCAAAUGCAGGUGGUGUCCAGCGGGCAUGCGCCAAUCCUCCCUGUGAGACCCACGAGACAGGUACCACACACACAGCCACCACUGCCACCUCCAGUGGUGGCUCGGGGCAGCCUGAGGGCGGGCAGCAGCAGGCCCCCGCCAGCUGCCCCUGUGAGACACACCAGACCACCUCCACCGGCACCACCAUGACCGUCAGUGUUGGCGCCUUGCUCCCUGAUGAUGGCGCCACCCACCGGACCCUGGAGGCCGUCUUGGAUCCGGUGGCGGCUCCGACCCCAGUGGUCCCCCAGGUCAGCCCCGUACUACUGGCUCCUUUCCCAACUCAGCGGGUCUGCUCCAACCCGCCCUGCGAGACCCACGAGACAGGCACCACGCACACGGCCACUACUGUCACUUCCAACAUGAGCUCAAACCAGGACCCCCCACCAGCUGUCAGCGAUCAGGGUGAGGUAGAGAGCACCCAGGGCGACAGUGGGAACAUCGCCAGCUCCAGUGCUGUCACGACAACUGUGUCCUCCACGCUGACACGAGCGGUGACCACCGUGACACAGUCCACGCCCGUUCCAGGCCCCUCUGUGCCGAGGAUCUCAUCAAUGACUGAGACUACCCCCGGGGCUCUGACCACCGAAGUCCCCAUCCCGGCCACGAUAACAGUGACCAUAGCCAACACAGAAACUUCUGACAUGCCCUUCUCUGCUGUUGACAUCCUGCAGCCCCCAGAGGACCUCCAGGUCUCACCCGGGCCUCGCCAGCAGCUCCCCCCACGGCAGCUCCUGCAACCAGCCUCCACACCCCUGCUGGGGGAGCCCGCUGACACCCUGGCGGCCACCCAGGCCCCUGACCUCCAGGCAGCCGUGGACUUGAGCAGUACAGGGGACCCAUCUUCGGGCCAGGAGCCUGCCAGCUCCGCGGUGGUGGCCACCGUGGUGGUCCAGCCACCCCCGCCCACACAGUCUGAGGUAGACCAGUUGGCGCUCCCCCAAGAGCUGAUGGCCGAGGCCCAGGCGGGCACCACCACCCUCAUGGUGACAGGGCUCACCCCUGAGGAGCUAGCAGUGACCGCUGCAGCUGAAGCAGCUGCCCAGGCUGCGGCCACAGAGGAAGCCCAGGCCCUGGCCAUCCAGGCAGUGCUCCAGGCUGCCCAGCAAGCCGUCAUGGCAGGCACCGGGGAGCCAAUGGACACGUCCGACGCGGCGGCCACCGUGACCCAGGCAGAGCUGGGGCACUUGUCGGCCGAGGGCCAGGAGGGCCAGCCCACCACCAUCCCCAUUGUGCUGACUCAGCAGGAGCUGGCUGCCCUGGUGCAGCAGCAGCAGCUGCAGGAGGCCCAGGCACAGCACCACCUGCCCACUGAGGCCCUGGCCCCUGCUGACAGCCUCAAUGACCCCACCAUCGAGAGCAACUGCCUCAAUGAGCUGACUGCCGCCGUCCCCAGCACCGUGGCCCUGCUUCCCUCAACAGCCACUGAGAGUUUGGCCCCAUCUAACACGUUUGUGGCGCCCCAGCCAGUUGUGGUAGCCAGCCCAGCAAAGCUGCAGGCAGCGGCCACCCUGACUGAAGUAGCCAACGGCAUAGAGACGAUUGGGGUGAAGCCUGACCUACCACCCCCACCCAGCAAAACACCUGUGAAGAAGGAGAACCAGUGGUUUGACGUGGGUGUUAUUAAGGGCACCAAUGUAAUGGUGACACACUAUUUCCUGCCACCAGACGAUGCUGUCACCUCUGACGACGACUCGAGCACUGUCCCGGACUAUAACCAGUUGAAGAAGCAGGAGCUGCAGCCAGGCACGGCCUACAAGUUCCGGGUGGCCGGGGUCAAUGCCUGCGGCCGGGGGCCCUUCAGUGAGAUCUCGGCCUUCAAGACCUGUCUGCCCGGCUUUCCGGGGGCCCCUUGUGCCAUUAAGAUCAGCAAAAGUCCAGAUGGUGCUCACCUCACUUGGGAGCCACCCUCUGUGACCUCCGGCAAGAUCAUUGAGUACUCGGUGUACCUGGCCAUCCAGAGCACGCAAGCCAGUGGCGAGCCCAAGAGCGCGGCCCCGGCCCAACUGGCCUUCAUGCGGGUCUACUGUGGGCCCAGCCCCUCCUGCCUGGUGCAGUCCUCUAGCCUCUCCAACGCCCACAUUGACUACACCACCAAGCCCGCCAUUAUCUUCCGCAUUGCUGCCCGCAACGAGAAGGGCUAUGGCCCUGCCACACAAGUCAGGUGGUUGCAAGAAACCAGUAAAGACAGCUCUGGCACCAAGCCAGCCAGCAAGCGGCCCAUGUCCUCUCCGGAAAUGAAAUCCGCUCCAAAGAAAUCGAAGGCAGACGGUCAGUGAGAGGGACGUGGCCAGCACCUGGAUUCUUCUCCAGACUCCUCCCCUCCCCUCUGCUUCAGGAACACCGCCUGCCAGGGGCCGGCCACCCCACCCCUACCCUGUUGGCACUUCAUUCUUAAUGGCCGCCAUUCAUUUGUUCAUGUGCUCGCUCAGUCAUUCGUUCAUUCCCUCUCGGUUUUUAAACAAACGAUCUGUUUAAGAAAGCACAUUAUACCAUUGCUGGUGGGAGGAAGUAGAAGGCGGCAAGUUGGAAAGAGCAGUGAGCACUUGAGAGCAGUGCUUCCUCCUCCUCCUCCUCCCUCGCUGCACCCCCAGCGCCUUCCUGGGGACCCCCUGAACAAGACCUGAGGCCGGCAGGCAACCAGCCCUGCCUGUGUCUCCCACAGAUCUGAGAGUGUGAAUUAAAACUUUAAGAAAACUCCGAAAAGAAAAACAGAAACCACCCUCUCCAACCCCCAUAGAACUUGGAAAGCUUUUCUUCCUGCCGUGGUCUGAGGUAGAGGGGGGCUGCCCAGCCACAGAGGCAGGACUCCUGCCCCGCCCUGCAAGCCCGGACUGCCGCCUCUGCACUUGGCCCAUCCGCUUUGACUUUGUUUUUUUAUCUUUUUGUUCUCAACCACUUAACAACUUUUCCUUAAGCUUUGUCCACCCUGUCUCCGCACAGCGAGUCCACAGGAAGCAUAGACAUUGUCAGAGGCCUUCGCACUCCCUCUUCUCUCUUCCCCUCUUUCCCAUGGAAAAAAAAAAGAAAAAGGGGAAGGAGCCCGGCAGCCAGGCUGCACAGCACCUCGUGGGUGGCAUGCGGGUGGCCACGGAGCCAAGCCGGGCCUCGGUGGGCAGGGCAGGGGCGACGUCACCAAUUGCUGCAUCUGUUGUAUUUUUUUUAAGUUGACAUUGAUGAAGUUAUGUUUUUAUUGUAAUUUUAGCCUUAGCGUGUGGGGUUUCGUCUCUUUUUUUGGUUGUUGUUAGCCGUGUACAGAAUGUGUAUCUUUAUUUUUUUCUUUUUGGCUAAGCAUUGCCUUGGCAGUGAUUUUUCUGGUGGGAGUGAGGAGGAGUCCUCUGGGGGAAGAGAGCUCCGGCCCUUGGGGGUUCUCCCAGAGGAGGGGUGAGCUGCGAAGCUGAAGCUGGAUGGGGAGGUGGUGGUCCCCCCACCUAGAGGAUCUGGCUUGAGUUGGCUGGGGCUAGAUAAGACAGGCUUCUUAGAAAAGACAAGUGUGGUCCAGCCCGCCCCAGACCAGAAUGGAGGCUGGGAAGCUGGCCUCCCUCAGCAUAACUGGCCUUGAGGCCAGACCCCCUGAACUGCUCUGACGCACACCCCCAGCAAAGUUGUCAUGGGAAAGGGGGAAGGGCGUGAGUUGAGGGGAACCAGGAAGUGGAGGCAGCUGGGGAGGGUAGCGUGGUGCCGCCCUCCAGCGGGGGCAGGGCAGGGCCUCUCCACAGCAAGCAGCAGUAGCCCUCCAAGGGCCCAAGGGGAGUGGUUAAUGAGCCAGCUUUCUGCCCCACCCCCAAGCUAUAGGCAAAGAGCAAAGCUCUUACACAGGUUACACAGAAGGAUUUAAACAGGCCACCAUCUCUGCCCUGAAAGGCCCUCCCGCCACCGCCUGCGGCUUUGGGGGCCCGGUUCAUUGUAUUAUAGCACAUCUCGCUGUGGGAAAUGUCACUGUUCAGUCACCUCGGGAUCCACAUGCCUGGUCCCAUUGUUUUCCUGUCCCUCUGCCCGAGCGCCCCUUUGAUUUCUCUUGUUUCUAAGAGCUGUACACCUGUUCAUCUAUUGUAGAGUAAUCCCCGUGACUCAAUAUUACCAUAGUGCGAUGUCGUUUUGUGCUAUUUUGAACAAUUAAAAGACGUUUUUGAAAUAA